GGCAUGGCGGGGGCCUGGGCCCGGGCGGGAGGAACGCCUCGUUAGACUCUGCUUGGGGGGCUGUGGGUUAGAGAUGGGUGUUUAAAGUUCCCUUCAGUGCUGGAAGUUCCCUUCGGGAAAAACAAUCAGGCUGUGGCCGGAGCAGCAGAGCGGGGAAGCGGGAGCGGCGCGGAGCGCUCUGGCCGUCGGAGGCUGUGGGCGGGCGGGAGCGGCCACUUCUCCCCGGGAAGGAGGAGAGGACACAGCCCGAGGGUGCCUCUGGGGAGGGACAGCUGUGUAGUGCCUGAAGAUGGAAUUUCGCAUUGAACACACGUGGGAUGGUUUGCCUGUGAGCCACCAGCCGGUCACAAUCGGGCUGAGGCCGGAUAGUGCAGGACUGCUGAUGGAAGUUCGUGCUCCUUUCUUCAAUGACCCCCCAGCACCUCCCGGAGAGCCAGGGAAACCUUUUGGUGGCCUCUGGGACUAUGAGGUUGUAGAAGCAUUCUUUCUGAGUGGCAGAACUGAGCAGUAUUUGGAAGUUGAGCUUUGCCCCCAUGGGCAGUACUUACUGCUGCUGCUUUCUGGCAGAAGAAAAGCAUGGAAAGAAGAACUUCCUCUGGAGUUUGAGGUGACCAAAAGGAAAACCAAAUGGGAGGGUAAAGCUCUUCUUCCUUGGAGUUAUUUUCCACCAUGCACUGACAAGUUCAAUGCAUUUGCAAUUCAUGGCUCUGGAGAAGAGAGAAAAUAUGAAGCACUUUAUCCUGUGCCUCCCCACCAGCUGCAGGAAGGACAGGAACCAGAUUUUCAUCGUUUGGAGUUUUUCAAAGACUUGAACCUGAAAGAACUAACAGCAGAAGACUGGAAGCAGCCUGAAUCAGAUAUAUGGAAAUCUCUCACUAAAUGAAUGGAUUGAGGCAUUAAUUUUUAUAAUGUUGAAGUUGGCCGGAGCUGUGUGGAAACAACUUCCUCAUUGUAGGUACCAGAUUAGCAAGGCUUUCCUUGGCACCAAAAUCAUGGAUCAGUCUGAAAAUCAAUGGCAAAGCAUGUGGAUCUGUUGAUUCUAAUUGUAUGAAUGGCUUGGAGUUUUUCAUCUGUGCAAGAGAUGCAUCUGUUGCUACCAGUGCAGGAAGAAAAAUGUGCUGAAAUUGCAGCUGUGCUUUUGUGAGAGCUCUGAAGUCUGACAAGGCCAAUACCUGGAUUGAAUUUUUUUGGUUUACUGUAGUUGCUACAUUUCUGCUGUAUCUUCACUGCUGCUUGUUUGUUUGUUGACUGCUGAAGGAGAUCCUUAUGUGCCUAGAUUUUUUGCUUACAAUCAGGAGGAAGAAUGUAGCUAUCAUGGAUUUGGGAGGCUCAGUACUUGCCCUGCCAGAGGUGUAAUGCUGCCCUUUUCUUGUAUGUUCCUGUGCCUGAAGUUUUCCCUUGCUUAAUGCCAAAGGGAGAACUUAUUCAGUCCCACAGACCUCUCUGUGGAGUGCCUAAUGGUGUUUAGAUUUAAAAAUCAUAUAUUACUGUUUUUUGUCUAGCAUAGCAAUUGCUGCUUGAUUGUGGCAGCUGAUUUAAUCUUUUAUAAAAAUGUGAAGCUUGCCCACUACUUAGUUCCUUGCCAGUAUGCAGUAAUAAAGACAUUUUGAUGGUCCUAUUUUCUUUGCUGUCUUUCAGCUUCACUCUUGCUCUAAGUUCUGCCUGAGAAGCAGAGAAGGUGGGAAUAUCUCACCUUUGUGAAGAACAUCUCAGCGUGGUUAAUAUCUGAGAUAGCAUGUUAGUUCACAGUUUUUGUUUAGCUUUAGAUUCCUUCUUUGUACUUUCAGUUUUAUAGAUCUGUGCCUUCAAAUUUGAAGAUAUUAGGUUUUUUUUCCCCCCUUUGGCAUGUCAGUGCACUCAGCCUUCCAAUUGCUUUUGCUGUGUUUCAAUUAGACAGUAUGGGUUCCUUGCUGUAAAGUGCCAUCUGUUGAAAAUUGUAAGUAUUGUACCUUCAGGUGUUUGGCUUCUUUUCUACCUUCUAUCCAUGUACAGUUUUCUAAAAUAUUGAAUAAUUGUCUGAAUUAUUGAAUAAUUCAAUGGAUAGUGAUUAAAGUAUCAUCUAGACAUUGAUGCCUCAAAGCUGCUUAAAAAAUUUUAGUCAAAACCAAAACGCCAUUUUGCAAAACUUUUAGACUUUGUUUUAAAAAUUUUGUCAAAAAACUGUGCAGAGAUUCAAAAUGGGUGUACUGCUUUUCUCACAGAGGUUGUUUUCAUCUGAGGAAUGAUACUUUGUAUGUAAAGGACAGCAAAUAAUUUUUUUUAUUUUUCUCUUCUUUAUUCCUACUUCACACUGGUUCAGAUUUGACUUUGGAUGUAAAUGAUGAACUUGUAGGGAAAUAGAUUAUUUUCCCCAAAUAAGUAAUUUAAAGUAAAACCAUUGUCUUUGCAGGAGGAAAUACUAGGUGCUCCAGGAAAUGGAAAUUGUUUGCACUCCCAAAGACCUUGUUCUUUUUGCUUCUUGCCACUAGGUGGGAGAAGAAGGUUGUCUAAACUGUGCCUUGGUGCUGCCAGCCUAGUUAUCCUUACAGAUCCAUUCCUUCAUACUGUAUCCUUAAUUCUAAAAAAAGGAUCUUUCAGUCAAGCUGAUGGUGGCUUAUUUUGGUUUAUUUGAGGCAUCUUUGUUGCAAGAAACACUUGUCAUGCUGUGCAGUUACAGUUCUAAUGUUUGCUUUCCUGCAGGGCUAUUUUCAAAAAUAAUUUUUGAGACCAAACGAACAGAAGAUAAAUUCCAUGAGGUGUCAGUCAACUGUAGUAUAAACGUAGUUUUGUGGUGUUCAAAUGAUUUAAGUGUUAUUCUGGAUUAAAUUUUUUUUGCAUAUGUCUUGGAUGGUCUCUGGCAAACUUUCCAAAAAGGCUGUUUUGAAUUCUGAAGGAAUUUAUUUCUUUUAAUACAGCCUGAUUUGUGAGAGGUGGUGCACACCUUCAAGGGUGAGGCUUCAGUGGUUCAAACCUGCAGUGAAACAAUGUGAAAACUGUGGUUUAAGAGAGAUAGAAAAUUCUUUCUCUUCAAUACAAAAAAAAAAAAAUUAUGUAAAGAAAACUUGAAUGGCAAUGUUUGUUACUGGUAGAAGUGAUUUGUACCUUAAUACAAAGCUGAAGCUACUUAAGCUGUCAGGUAACAUCUAAUAUUUCUUGUAAUGACCCUGCACAUUUUGGAGGCAAAAGCUCUUAACAGGAGUAAAAUUUUGCUCAUGUCCUUGUAUACUUUUAAAUAUUUUUUUUCUGAUAUUCCAGGUCAGAUAUUAGAGCUAGGAAGCUCUUAUUUCUUUCAGGACUAUAUAUUUUGACUGCUAUGGCUGAUACAGUUACUGCAUUAUCUGUUGUAGUUAUUAGAUACACGAGUUGGUUCAUAUUUUUACUGCCCAGCACCACGAUGAUAAGUUACUGCUGAAUGUCAUGUUAGGUACUAUGUUGCUUGCAGUUCCUUUUUUCAAGGCUGUUUUGUUCCUCUGAAAGGCACAGCACAGAAUGAUUUGUGUUUUAAAUUCUGACCAUGUAAAAAUCCUUUGGAAAUGUGAAUGGCACAGUGAAUAAUUUGCUGCACAUAAAGUUUAAAAGAAUUCUUCCCUGGUACCAGAGCAAUCUCUAAAGUGGAAUUCAUUGCAUUUAAUUAUGGUACGUUUAGAAUAAUGGUGCUGAAAUUUGAUAGUUAACCUGCAUUUAUUUAGUUGGUGAUUCCCUGCUUUUUUCUUUUGUUGAGUGCUUUAGUUUGCUGUAGAGUCUCUGAGCAGUGCUUCAGCAAAAGUACAGGGAAGUGUGUUAAACCUGAUUUAUUUGCACAGGUUGUAUAAACAGCUGUGUAUAAACAUAUAAACAGCCUCAGUGAGAUCAAUACAACACUUAUCAUAAACUGAAUUGCAGUUAGGCCUUUUUCCAUCUACUUGUCUGUCUGCUGAAAUUAGUAUUGUCAGGAGAAUUCUGUUCUAUCCAAGCUUGUUUUCAUUAUUCUGUUUCUAAACAAGUAAAAGCCUUGGCUGCAGGGGUUCUGUGGGAGGCUUUCCAGUGAUGGAUCAGGAGGCACUGUUUGUAUCUGCACUGGCUAUGAACAUACCAAAAUAUUUUCCUGUUUCAUUUUCAGAAAUUAUGCUGUAGACUCUCACAAAGUAUGUGUGUAAAUACUCUCUGCCAGUUCUGUAGUGUAUUUGCAAAUACAAAUGUAUUUUUAAAUGUGAUAGACCAGAACUGACUAAAUAGUGUUAAAAUAGCUGAAGUAAAUAUUACUGAAGUAAAAUUAAAUUACCAUGUCCUCACUGCUGUUUUAAAACCAGCCCAGCCAGACUAGUCCAGGUGCUUUCUUGGAAUAUGGAACAGAUUCUUGUGGGGGGAAAAAAAAGUAGUUUUCAGAUGUUACCUUUUUAUAAUACAGAAAUUCCCUCUGUAGAGCACAUUUGUUGCCAAUUUAAUCUUGCCUUUCAUUUCAUGAGUUAUUUUUCUUGAACUCAGUCUCUGCAGGCAAUGAAAUUUAUAUCUUGGUGCCACUAGUGGCUGUCAUAAAUGUAUUCAUCUCUAAUUCUAGGCAAUGUAAUUGGUUCAGUUCUAACUGCUGAGUUUGCUUCCUUCAGCAAAUGAAACUGUUUGGAAACUGGUACUUUCUCAGUGCUUUAUAGCUUACACAAGCCAUGGCACUUAUAUUUAACAGUGUCUGGCACUUUAAAGAACUGGUUCUUAUUUUAAAAUUGCAUAUUAGUUUCCUAAAUGUUAACAGGGUGGGCUGUAACCUCUUAUGCCAAGUAUCUGCUUUAAACCUUUUUAAUUUCAGCAGAAUAUUUAGUGGUUUCAGAGGAAGGGUAGUUCAUGAUGAAAGAAGACAGAACUGUGGUCUUGUACCUCCUUAUAUUCCUAUGACUUCUGGAAUGAAAUGUUGGGACUUGGUGAGUAGUCCAUAUUGUCCAGAGUCUUUUUGUAAUUUCUGUGAAACAGCCUUUCAGACGCUUCAGAGGAGCACAGCUUGAGAGGUGAAUUCUCUGCAGAGUCUGCUGGGAGCAGGAAUCCACCCCUGGCAGGCAGAAUUGCCAGGGUUUGACGUUGUCAGUGGGAAGUGUUCUUUCUGCCUGGCAGAGGCAGGUUCUGUGAUGGGGAAUGCCUUUGAUUGGGAGCACCUGCUGUUCAGGCUGGGCUGCCUUCAGCCGUGCUGGGAGCAGAGGAAGGUGAUAUUUCCCUUAACUCUGCUGCCACUGUGUGCUUGAGAAGGUUCUGUAGACUCAGUGGGAGGCUGACUGGAAAAGGUACAUGGCAGAAAGAUGAAGGUAUGGGUUUAAAGUAUAUAAAAUCAGAUUAAAGAAAUCCUCUCUGCAUAAAAUAAUUUGAAAUUGGGAGUGUGAUAGCAUAAGCAAGUGCUCUCUUACUUACUCUUUUUUAGGCAUCUACCUAUGUAAAAAGGUCACUGUGCUGUAUGGAUUGUUGGCUUGGAAACACUGCAGCUGUUUUUGUAGCUGGAAACCCAACAGAAAGAAUUGUUUUGUGACUCCCUGUA